CAUGGAACAGAAACAGACAGCACAAUGUGGAGGCUCAUUCCAGAGACUGGAGGAGGUGAAACCUAUCACUUUCUCACGGGUACUGAAUAUGUUGUUGGAAGAAAGAACUGCGCAAUAUUAAUACAAGAUGACCAGUCCAUUAGUAGAUACCAUUCUGUUUUAUCUGUCAGCCAUUCACUUUCUAACCUGGGUCACCCUAACAUAAUUCCUACUUUAACAAUUAAAGACUCAUCAAAGUAUGGCACUUUUAUUAAUGGAGAGAAGAUGGAGAGUUCUGUUGCCAAGAAUUUGAAAUCUGGCGAUAAGGUUACAUUUGGUGUAUUCAAUAGCAAGUAUUGCGUGCAGUAUGAACCUCUGGUCAUUUCAUCUUCCUGUCUGACUGGAUCAGAGAAGACAUCUUUAAAUGAAUUUGUUCUGUUACUAGGUGGUCAUAUACUUGGCAAUUGGACAGAGACAUGCACCCAUCUUGUCAUGACUUCCAUUAAAGUCACAAUCAAAACAAUAUGUGCCCUAAUUUGUUGUCGACCAAUUGUGCUUCCAGAGUAUUUCAACCAGCUGAUCAAAUCCAUUAGACAGAAGCAAACACGAGCUGCAUUAAAAAGCUUAAUUUCCUCCAUUGACGAGCCUUCAAUUAAAUCUGAAUCAGUUGACCUCUCGGAUAAUGCAAAAAGAAAAGAUAUCUUCAAAGGCAAAGUCUUCAUAUUUUUAAGUGCUAAACAGUACAAAAAACUUAGCCCAGCAAUUACUUUUGGGAAUGGAGAAGCAAAACUGUUGAAGGGAGAUUUGAAUGAGCCAUCAAUAUUGGAAAAUCCUUCAACUUGUGUGAUUGACAUGGGAGUAGCAGACUCACAGCUCUCAGUAUCUGAGUCUUCACCAACCUGGAUCAACUCUAUUCUCAAUGUGCUCCAAAGAAAAGAUCUAAGAGCUAUCCCAGAGGCAGAAAUAGGUUUAGCGGUUCUCUAUAUGUCAACAGAAAUAUAUUGUAAUCCUCAAAGAUGCUCAGCAAGUGGAAAUCUGAUUGAUAUUCCGAAGACGAGCAUUAUUUCUCAAAGUAUGGCUGUUGAUGAGACUGUGCUACCUGCACCCACUCUAAACACCACUGCCUAUGUUGCAAAUACAGAACCGCAAGAUCAAGCAAAUACUUUGAUGGAUGUAAGUUGAGUUCAAGUCGUUAAAGAAACACCUAAAAGGAAUCGCAAAGGUAACCACUCUAAGGGAUAUUCUGAAGAGUGCACGGAUAAUAGCAGUGAUGUCAAGGGAGCUUUGAUUCAAGAGAAUACAAUUCUGUCAGAAAAAAAGCCAUUACCAGAAUUUCCCAGAUCUAAGGAGAGGACAUCACAGAAAAGUCAACCUGCCAGUCAAAUAAAGAAUUAUUUCAAACCAUUAUCCAAGAAGAGAGAUCGAGAGGACGAUGAAAGAGAUAUGUCUUCCACCAAGGUAGCAAGAGUGGAAAACAUCCUGCCUUCUUCUGAACAACUGGCACCCAUUGUAUCACAAUCAAUGAAAGACAAGGGUAGGCUUAUAUCUCAGGAUGAGGACUUAGAUCUGGAAACUGAGUCAGUUUUGUCACAUGGAGAGAAAUUUGGAAAUUCAAAGACUCCGCCCACAGUUAGCACCAUAAUGGGUAAAGCAACUUUGGAAAUGGAUGGAACAACUAAAAAGAGAAAAGAGCUUGAAGAGGAUUUGGUCGAUUUAGAAAAGUCUGAUUUAGAAAGUGAUGGAGAUGCCAAUGAUGUCAUGGAGCGGAAUGAUUUAAAUUGUAGCAAUAUCAAUGAUGUCAAAAGAAGGAAAGUGGAGUCCAAAAAUGACAAUAGCAAAUUUGAGGAUGGCACAAAGAGUACAUCAGAUAUUUGUACUUUAAAUAUGGAAACAAAGAAAGAACCAGAAUCUCCAAGUCAAGAGAAAAAGUUUGCCAAAGCACCAAAAUUACAAAAUGACUAUUAUGGACUCCCUAGCAAGCUCUUACUGACAGAGUUUCGAUCGCUCACGGUUUGUCAACCAUCAACAAAUAAGCAGUCCAAUACAAAUACAAACCAUGAAAAUCUACGUAAUUUUAAGAAAUUCAGGAAGAUCUCGUACCCAGGAGCUGGGGUGUUUCCGCAUAUCAUUGGAGGCUCUGACUUGAUUGCUCAUGAUAGAAAUAAAAAUUUAGAGCUUGAACAAUGGUUACGUCAGGAAGCUGAGGAACAAACUCAGCAAGCCCAGGAAGAAUUGAUGGCUCAGGAUCUAUUCAGAUACAAUCCAAAGUCUAUGAAAAGAAGAAGAUAAAACACUGCAUCAAGCCCACGUUCCACAUUGAUAUAUGGCUGCUAACACUCACAAAAUGUGCACAAACACAUUUUAAUGAAAGAAAGAAAAAAACAUGUUUUAAAAAGUUUUUCUUUUGUCCUUUUUAUAGACAGCAUUGUGAAGUUACUUGUUGACUAAAUCAUAUUGGUUCUGCAUAAAUCGUUUGCAUUUUCUCUGUAUCUCACAAGGACAAUACAUCUGCACUUUGAACUAUCUGAAGGCAUAAAUGUGGUGCUUUCACCCCUUGUAGUUAGCAGGCAGUUAUUGUUCUUUUCAAGAAUAAAGGG